GUUAGCUUAUUACUCUACACCAACUACAACGAUGCCUACCUGGACACAAAUGCAAUCACAGCUACGCAAUCCUAACAACCCGGUGGUGUUUAUGGAUAUUACGGUCGGCACUGCGGAAAUUGGUCGCAUGGUGUUCGAGCUGUAUGCCGACGUCGUGCCGAAAACAUGCGAAAACUUCCGCCAAUUCUGCACCGGUGAGCAUAAAAAGGAUGGCGUCCCGAUAGGAUACAAGGGUUCAAGUUUUCAUCGUGUUAUCAAAGACUUCAUGAUACAAGGUGGCGAUUUUGUGAACGGAGACGGUACCGGAGUGAUGAGCAUCUAUGGCAGUGCCACCUUUCCCGAUGAACACUUUCUUCUGAAGCACGACGCCCCGGGUCUGCUGUCCAUGGCCAACAGUGGGAAGGACACGAAUGGUUGCCAGUUUUUCAUCACCUGUUCAAAGUGUAACUUUCUGGACUAUAAACACGUCGUGUUUGGGCGCGUUCUGGAUGGGUUGCUAAUCAUGCGGAAGAUCGAAAACGUUCCGACGGGACCAAACAACAAACCAAAACUACCAGUCGUAAUAUCGCAAUGCGGACAGCUGUAGCAUUCCGACACGUGCG